AUGCGAUCAGUGUCGACACUGUCGCCGCACCAACUUAACUCUGCAGACUACACAAAGAUGUGGUCCAACAUUAAAGAAAAUAUAACAGACACACUCACGCACAAACAAUCGUCAGUCACUGAGAUGGAACUCUAUCACCUAAUUUAUACAAUAUCCAUUGCGCCAGGCGAGAUGUGGAGAAUACUACAAGCCAAUAUAUUGUCAUAUUUGUCAAAACAUUGUUCAAAUGUCGCCGAGUCGUUGAGCAGUCGAGAGGUCAUGUCUCAAAAAUUGGAAAUUUAUGUCGCCGAAUUUGCUAAUUACCAGAAUGCACUGAAACACACGGAAAAAUUCUGUAAAUACCUGACUACGUACUAUUUACACGAAUCGAUUUCGGAGUGCGGAAAAAGAAUUUGGCUCGAUACAGUUUUCACCCAACAUUCAAAAGAAAUUAUGGGAGAAGCUAUGGAACUCAUCCACAAAAUUAGAGACGCAAAAACACCAAAUGACACAAGGGGAAAAUCGUAUGACCAGAUAACGUUGGACUCGUUCAGAGAGGUGUUGUUGAGUUCGGGGUAUAACGCCCAGGUAUCACGAGAGAACUACGAGAUGUUUGAAAAUGCGUAUAUAACCGACUUUGAAAAUUUGACGAAAACACUUGAAAAUAUCGACGGCCAGAAGUUCGUUGAGAGCGCGCUCAAGCUUGAAGAAACCGAAGAGAAGAACGUGUGGGUAAAUUUGGACAAGUCAACAAUUGAAAAGGGAAAGGCAGUGACCAACACACUUUGGGUGAAAAAAAUUGGAUGUGUUGGGAAAUUGUUGUUGGAAGGACUCAACGAAAAUGAAACUCUUGUUGAGCUCAUUUACAAUGGAAUGAAGAAAUCUGUUGACCAAACAAUAAUAGAGGAUUUAAGAAAGGAAUAUGCGGGGUGGAUUGUGUCGGUUGCGUUCACUGCGAUAAAAAAUUUUGUGGGAGACCGCACACUGUGGGUUGAAAGGUUAGUAGAAAUAUUGCACAAAGUGAAUCACUCUCUUGAUUUGUUACACAACGACUUGUCCUUCAUCCAAACAGCAGAGAUUACACUAAAAAAUAUUUUGGUUGCAGCACCGCAUAAAAACACGGAGAAUAACCCAAUGUACAUUGCACAGUACAUCCAUGACUCGUUGCGAGUGUCGUCGAGCCAAGUGCACAAAUUGUCUAAUCCACCAAAAACCAAAUUUACACCACUCGAGGUUAUCGACUUGUCUUGUUAUUUGCAAGACCACGACAUCUUCGAUGAUUGGUACUUGAAGUUACUUGCCAAGAGACUUUUGUCGCAUGAAGUCCAAGACCUGAAAACGGAAGAAAGCAUAAUAAACAGAUUGCGGGAAAUCAGUGGUGUAUCGUAUGCCACAAAGUUAGGAAGGAUGUUUUCAGAUAUAACGAUGAGCAGCAAACUGACGCAAGAAUUUUCUGCACAGACGAAAUCUGAAAUACUCGACGUCUCGAUUUGCACGGGAGGCACGUGGCCAUUAAAGCCUAGCGAGAACAUUGACCUUCCAGAGGUCAUGAAAAACUUGUCUGGAACUUUCGAGCAUUUCUACAAGAAGCGAUUUGAGUCCCGUAAGUUGCAAUGGGUGUUGAAUGUGUCAACUGUUUGUUUGACCUGGGAACAUGGCGGCCAGAAAAGGAAAGUGGUUCUUCCUUCUAUCGCGGCAGCCAUAGUUUUGUUUGUCUCGACUGGUCAGAAGUUCAAGAACGAAGGAGAGGUCUUUACGACUUACCAGUCAAUGAUAAAAAGUGGUGUUUUAACGCAAGACGGAAAAAUAAGUGAACAGUUUGUGAAUGGUCAUUACCACCGAGUUUCGGUAGCGGAGCGAAAGGGGGAUGACAAGAUCAAAGAGGACAGAACAGCGUGGGGAGAGGCUGUCUGCGUCAGGCUGAUGAAAAGACUUAAAAGGUGCAACGAAAGGGAAUUUAUUAAUCUUGUAAUCAAAGAAAAAGCGGCUUUCAUUCCAACAGAGGCAUUUGUACAAAGCGUCAUCGAAAAACUCAUUGAAAAGGAGUAUAUUGAGAGAGAGAAAGGGAAGAGUGGGAUUAUCAAAUACGUCUAUGCUUAA